AUGGAUUAUGGGGUGUUGGACCUCAAGGAUUACAUUUUGACAGGCACGGGAUUGAGCCAGGGCUGUGACGUGACAGUUUACAAUGGCAAUAAUUUGGUGACGUUGUCAAAUGCCUUCACUUACACAUCUUCACUGACCCCUGUGGUUACUGCCGUGACUCCAAGAAGAGGUGGCACUGGAGGCGGCACAAAGCUCACCAUCACUGGCUCUGGAUUCGGUUCUGACAUUGAUAACGUCAUGGUCACUAUCGCCAGAACACCCUGUAAUGUAACAUACGUAAAUGAAAUGGAGAUCAUCUGCAUCACCGAUGCCCAACCCCAGUCUCAGAGAACCAAAGUUAAGGUGAAUGUUGGCGGCACAGGAAUUGCAAAACUGAUGUCCACCAGUCCUUGUCCUCCUGCACUCCUGGGCAAGUACAAAACACCUUGA